CAAUAUGGAUUCACUUUCCUCAUCUUUCCUUUCACCAUUUUCACCACCAAAUUAUAUAGUUUCGCCACUACUGCCACCGCAAUCUCCGUCGCCGUCGCUCCAGCCACAUUCCCCUUUCCGUGUAUUCUCUGUCAGAAUUGAAGAUAAACCACAAACCAUAAUUACCACCACCACCACCACAACCCAGAGGUCUAGUCAAGAAACUCAAAAAAAGCCGAAACCAUCAUUGAAUAUUGAGAAACGCAAAAGAUCAGUGGUGGUACCAAUACCAUUCACGAUCUUUAAUGCAUUUGAUAGCAUCAUUAAUAACUUUAUCGAUCCGCCUGUUCGGGUUUCGGUUGACCCAAAACACGUCUUGUCAGAUAACUUUUCACCUGUGAAUGAACUUCCUCCUACCGAGUGUGAAGUGAUCGAGGGUACACUUCCUAGUUGUCUUAAUGGGGCUUACUUCCGUAACGGGCCUAACCCGCAAUUCUUACCACGGGGUCCAUACCACCUCUUUGAUGGGGAUGGUAUGCUUCACGCUAUUCGUAUCUCUAAUGGAAAGGCCACGUUUUGUAGUCGCUAUGUGAAAACUUACAAAUAUAACAUAGAGAAAGAUGCGGGCUUUCCCAUCAUCCCAAAUGUUUUUUCAGGAUUUAAUGGUAUGACGGCCUCUGCUGCUCGCAUGGUUGUCACAGCUGGCAGGUUUUUGACGGGUCAAUUUGACCCGACAAAAGGAAUUGGCUUAGCCAAUACUAGUUUGGCCUAUUUUGGCAAUAAGCUUUUAGCUCUAGGGGAGUCAGAUCUCCCCUAUGCCAUCAAACUGGCACCCGAUGGUGAUAUAAUCACCCUUGAACGCCACGAUUUUGAUGGCAAGCUAUUCAUGAGCAUGACAGCUCACCCAAAAAUUGACCCAAUAACUAAAGAAGCUUUUGCUUUUCGCUACGGCCCAAUGCCUCCAUUCCUAACAUUUUUCCGAUUCAACGAAAACGGAGAAAAACAACCCGAUGUCCCAAUCUUCUCAAUGACAAGCCCAUCGUUUCUUCACGACUUUGCCAUCACUAAAAACUACGCUAUUUUCCCGGAGAUCCAAAUAGGGAUGAGCCCAAUGGAAAUGAUCGGUGGAGGGUCACCCGUGAGCGCGGACCUUGGGAAAGUGUCACGACUUGGGGUGAUCCCAAGGUACGCUAAGGACGAGUCAGAGAUGAAGUGGUUUGAGGCUGCAGGGCUUAAUGCUAUACAUUGCAUCAAUGCAUGGGAAGAAGAUGGUGGAGAUACUAUUGUGAUGGUGGCCCCAAACAUACUAUCAGUGGAACAUACACUUGAAAGAAUGGAUUUGAUCCAUGCGUCGGUGGAAAAAGUGACAAUUAACAUGAAAACUGGGAUGGUCACCCGACACCCUCUUUCUACCCGAAAUCUUGACUUUGGUGUCAUCAAUCAGGCUUUUGUUGCUGUAAAAAACAGGUAUAUGUAUUGUGGAAUUGGGGAUCCAAUGCCUAAAAUAUCUGGAGUUGUCAAGCUAGAUGUGUCGCUAUCCGAAGUAGACCGUCGCGAAUGCAUAGUGGCUAGCAGGAUUUUCGGGCCUGGUUGUUUUGGUGGUGAACCAUUCUUUGUGUCUAGGGAACCCGACAACCCAAAUGCGGAUGAGGAUGACGGGUAUGUAGUUUCUUACGUGCAUAAUGAGAACACCGGUGAAUCGAGGUUUGUGGUGAUGGAUGCUAAGUCACCUACACUCGAGAUUGUCGCUGCUGUGAAGUUGCCCCACCGGGUGCCAUAUGGGUUCCAUGGUCUCUUCGUUAGAGAAAGUGACAUUAAUAAGUUGUGAUGAUAAAUGAAUGGUCCAAUAAUUCUUGCACCAAAAAGCUCCAAACUAGAUAUUUUUGCAUAUAUACAUAUAUAUAUAUAUAUAUAUAUGUGUGUGUACAUAUAAUAUGACGUUCAAAAAAAGGACUCACACACAUUUGUAUGUAAAUUACGUUUGUUUUAUAGAUGAAUAUGAUUAGCUGCUUGGAGAGA